AUGGAGGACUCGAUAAAAAGGCCGGAGAAGAUAAAGCUGACAGAGAUAAACCCGUAUCUGACGUGUUAUCUCUGCAAGGGAUAUUUAAUAGACGCGACGACGAUAUCUGAGUGUUUACAUUCGUUUUGCAGAAGUUGCAUUAUCAAGUUCCUUCAUGAAAACAGCUACUGUCCCAUUUGCGAGGUGAUCAUCAACAAAGCCAAACCCAAUUUAAAGUUGGAUAAAACUCUUCAAGACAUCGUUUACAAGCUUGUGCCAGAAUUAUUUUUAAGAGAAAUGACCAGGCGGAAACAGUAUUACCAACAGUAUCCUCAAAUUGUUCCUAGACUGGCACCCGAAGAGCGAGGAGAAGAUACAGAACGAACCAUCUUCAAUCCGCAUGACUGCAUUAGCUUAUCAAUGGAAUAUGUGAGCGCUGACUCGUCUCCAGACGCCAUAAAAAUUCUCGGUUCCAAGAACGGAUUUGACAAAAACGAUCAAUUGUCACCGGAGGAAAAUCAGGCUCUAAUGAAAAGGUAUUUGCAAUGUCCCGGAAUGUGCAGAGUGGAUGUCCUUAAGAAAUUCGUUAGGAAUAAAUACAACGUCGAUACCAGUCUGUUUCACAUUGAUAUUUUGUACAAAAGAGUCCCUCUACCAGAUCAUUAUACAUUGAUCGACAUUGCCUACAUCUAUUCAUGGAAAAGGAAUGAACCGAUGAAAUUCUUCUUCAGAAUCACGGAUAUCAACAAAGUAUCGGAACGUUUCGACUACUUCGAUUCACAAAAUCCUUGCGAACUCAUAGUCCAACUUCCUCUGAGGCACACGAGAAACAACGGAACGGCCGCGAGCAGAAGAAAGGAACACGCGGCGAAUAGGAAGAAGAUCAAACAAGAAUUACAAAAUCAAGCAAACGGUUGUGAUACGCAAAAAGUUGACAUUAACGAAAAGAAGAGUACAGUUCUGAAUGGUAGUGAUAAAACGUUUACGAAACCCGAGUGUGAUAGUAUUGGUAAACAAAAAAUCGGUAAUAAAGAAAACGUUAAAGUUAAAGUCGAAGAAACCGCGAAUAAUAAUAGUGAUACAUCGGAGAAGAGUCCGAAACGGUUUAUUUUGAAAAUUAAAAAGGAUCCCGAAAAAGACAAUUCGUUAAAGAUUGACGACAAUUCCAGCGCGUUUAGACUCAGUGUUACCAGUUCGGAAGAAUCUAAAGAUACUAAAAACAGUGUAACUUCUAGUAGUGUAGUAAAAAAUAAUAUUCGAAAUCAACAAAGUGAUGUUAAAAAUUCCGUGUAUACGAGUAUUACGCUUAAUCGAACUAACAACGUAGAAAUCAUAACGAAAAUUCAAAAAGUUUCCAACAAAGACGGUCCACCCGAAUUGAACAUUUUAGAACAAACGUUUAAAGGCAAAGAAGCGACGAGAAAACACAAGAAAAAAUCCGAAAAAUCGCUCCUAAAAUACAAACCGAAAUAUUCUAAAUUAUUAAACAAAAACAAAUUAUCUAAAAAAGAAAUUCCUAGUACCAGCGUGAGAAGCAAUACCAAAAAUAUAACAAAUCCGAGUGUUAUUUGCGGUGAUAGUGAUAAAGACAAAUUUCUCGCAAAUUUUCAGUUAGUAUCGAAAAGCUUUGUCACGAAAAAACAAAUUAAAGAAUAUAAAAAAUCCCCUAAUGUAGAUGUAAAUAAACGCAAACCUGCAAGUCCUGCAAAGUCGAGUUCAUCACCGAAAAAAGCCAAACUUGAUAAGAAAUCCGUUACUAGAAUAAUCCUCCAAUCCAAACCAAAGCCUAAUUCUUCUCCCAAAUCUUGUGAUAAAUUACAAACCCCAGGUCUCCAAUCUUUAAUCGAGAAUUGCAAAAUCCCCUCAUCUCUAUCGAUUACGAUUAAAGAUAGCAGCGAAAGUAAUAAAACAAACACUCUGAUACCACCCGUUAAAAAUUACAUAGAAAUAUUAAAAUUACCCGACGAAAAUAAAGAAACCGUUAACGAUAAUAAUAAUAGUAACAAACUUAACUUUGCUCUACACAUGAACGACGACAGCGAACAAAAAGUAGACGAGGACUUAGCGGAAAUCGCCAAAAGCCUAACAGAAAAAAUCCCCAUGUCUACGACCGUAUCCCAAAUAGUAGGCCCCAAACCAGAAUUCCCGAUACCUGUAAAAACAAACGUACCAUCUAAGUUCACCAUCCAACCAUCACCAGUACCUGAAAUAACCAACAAGCUUCUUAACGUGCCAAAAGAAAACAAACUCAAUCCCAGAUCUCCGCAAUCGUUCCAAAAAAUAUUUGAGGAGUCUAUCAAAAAACCGGACGACGAUUCGAUCGAAAACGAUGGCUGCUCCUCGGAAUCGAGUAACGAAGUUACGAGUACGUCGAAUAACAAACGAAAUAUUUUAGAAAUAGCGACUCAGUUGUAUAAGAAAACGAAAUUGGAACACGAAAAGAGUCAACCUCAGAAUCAGAUCGAUUCUACGACGCCCAAAACCGUACCGAAAGUUCCUAUUCCGAGAUUACCCAAUCGGAACUCGAAAACGACGCCGAAAUAUUCCAUAUUCGAAAGGAGCGAUGGAUUGCAAACUUUGACUAAUCUUCAUUCGAAUGCUCUUGGUUUGAAUUAUACCAUAUCGGUAGGACCGAAUAAAACCAAUGGUAUAAUAACGAAGAAAGAUGAUGUACCAGUAAAAUCGCCGUUGUCUAUUGAGGCUAAAACGAGUUUGUUCCCUUCUCCUAAAGAUCUACCUGGGACAUCACCAAGACCAACUUUACCUCGAAACAUAUCACCGGGAAUAGCUUAUACUAACUCCCCACGAAAUUCUCCUAAACAUUCGCCAAAAUCCUCCCCGCUAAUUAAACACAUGUAUGCUCCUACCCCAAAUCUAAUGAUGGACCAGUUACGAGUAAAUACUUUCUCCCCCAAAAUUAAUAAAAGUUCUCCUAACUUACCCAGUUCCUCUACAAGCACUAAGAGUCCUAAUAGUAUUUCACCUAAACCGUCUACUAUAUCUCCUCAGGUUCCUUCAAAAAUUAGCCCAAAACCCAGCUCUAGUAGUCCGAACUCGCAGCUGAGCCCGAAUCAGAUUUUGGAGAGAUACAACAUUCAAAAUUUGGCUCAAUUAACGGCGAAUUUCAAUGCUAGUAAUUUCGGUUUGACCGCCCCCGGGAAUCAGUUGGCGGCGUUCCAGCACGCCAUGCUGCUCAAACACUUCGAAAUGCAGAACAGACAGAACUGGUUGAACAUGAACCAAGGUCCGUUGUUGCAGUACGAGAAAUAUCUGCAGAAUUUGCAGAAUUUGAAAUCGGCUCAGAAUCAAUUGUUGAGCAACAUAAAGGAAAAUUAA